UUCGCACCCCGCGCCGCCGCCCAGUCCGCAGAUCCGCGCCGCUGCGGCCAGUCUCACCUGGCGGCGCCGCCCGCCCGCCAACCCGGCCACAGCCCCAGCGCCCACGGCGACAGCCGCGGCGACCGCGACAGUGGUGGAGGACGCUGCUGAGUUGAAGAGAGCGCAGUUCGGCCACCGGACCUAUUUACCGCUUUGCGCUUUGCUCAUCGUCUGUUUUUACGAGUUUACAACUUUUAAGAACUCUCGUGUACAAAGGAACUUUUCUUAAAAAGGCAUCUCCCGUUUAUAUUUAAUCCAAAGAAGGAUUUCGGGCAAUUUUGGGCUUUUGGUUUUGGCUUGGUUUCUAAGUUUUUUUUUUUUCCUCCUAAUUUUGGGGUUUGGGUACCCCCACUGCUUUGAACUCCCGAGGACCUUCUGGGCCCCCACAUUAAUGAGGCAGCCACCUGGCGAGUCUGACAUGGCUGUCAGCGACGCACUGCUCCCGUCCUUCUCCACGUUCGCGUCCGGCCCCGCGGGAAGGGAGAAGACACUGCGUCCAGCAGGUGCCCCGAAUAACCGCUGGCGGGAGGAGCUCUCCCACAUGAAGCGACUUCCCCCGGUGCUUCCCGGCCGCCCCUACGACCUGGCGGCGGCGACCGUGGCCACCGACCUGGAAAGCGGCGGAGUCGGCGCGGCGUGUGGCGGCACCAAUCCUGCUCUCCUACCUCGGAGGGAGACGGAGGAGUUCAACGAUCUCUUGGACCUGGACUUUAUCCUCUCCAAUUCGCUGUCCCAUCCGGAGUCGGUGGCCGCCACCGUGUCCUCGUCGGCGUCAGCGUCGUCAUCGUCCUCCCCAUCGAGCAGCGGUCCUGCCAGCGCGCCCUCCACCUGCAGCUUCAGUUAUCCGAUCCGGCCCGGAGGGGACCCGGGCGUGGCGCCGGGCAGCACUGGCGGCGGCGGUCUCCUCUAUGGCCGGGAGUCUGUGCCGCCUCCCACAGCUCCCUUCAACCUGGCGGACAUCAACGACGUGAGCCCCUCGGGCGGCUUCGUAGCUGAGCUCCUUCGGCCAGAAUUGGACCCAGUGUACAUCCCGCCGCAGCAGCCGCAGCCGCCAGGUGGCGGGCUGAUGGGCAAGUUUGUGUUGAAGGCGUCGCUGAGUGCCCCUGGCAGCGAUUACGGCAGCCCGUCGGUCAUCAGUGUUAGCAAAGGCAGCCCGGAUGGCAGCCACCCGGUCGUGGUGGCGCCCUACAGCGGCGGGCCUCCGCGCAUGUGCCCCAAAAUAAAGCAGGAGGCAGUCUCGUCGUGCACGGUCGGUCGGCCCUUAGAGGCCCACUUGGGCAGUGGACCCCCUCUCAGUAAUGGCCACCGACCACCAGGACACGACUUCCCCUUGGGGCGGCAACUCCCCAACAGGACUACCCCCACUCUGGGUGCCGAGGAACUGCUGAGCAGCAGGGACUGUCAUCCUGCCCUAUCGCUCCCCCCGGGGUUUCAUCCCCACCCGGGACCCAACUACCCACCCUUUUUGCCAGACCAGAUGCAGCCACAGGUCCCACCGCUCCAUUAUCAAGGUCAGUCCUGGGGAUUCAUAGCUCGGGCUGGGGACGCCUGCCUGUGCCAGCCCUCCGGGGAGCAGGGGAUGAUGCUGACCCCACCUUCUUCACCCCUAGAGCUCAUGCCUCCUGGUUCCUGCAUGCCGGAGGAGCCAAAACCAAAGAGGGGGAGAAGAUCGUGGCCCCGGAAAAGGACCGCCACUCACACAUGUGAUUACGCAGGCUGCGGUAAAACCUACACGAAGAGUUCUCAUCUCAAGGCACACCUGCGAACCCACACAGGUGAGAAACCCUACCACUGUGACUGGGACGGCUGUGGGUGGAAAUUUGCCCGCUCUGAUGAACUGACCAGGCACUAUCGCAAACACACUGGGCACCGCCCCUUCCAGUGCCAGAAGUGCGACCGGGCCUUCUCCAGGUCGGACCACCUAGCCUUACACAUGAAGAGGCACUUUUAAAUCCCCAAACAGUGGAUAUGACCCACACUGCCAGAAGAGAGAAUUCAGUAUUUUUUUUUAAAAUCUUUCACACUGUCUCCCCCCACCAACUCGGGGUGGGGAGGGAGGGGAGAAUCCCUGCUGGAAAGCACUACAAUCAUGGUCAAGUUCCCAACAAGCCAACUUGUGAAUGGAUAAUCAGGAGACACAAGGAAACCAGAAGACAAAUCAAAGAACAGAUACGGGGUCUGUGACUGGAUCUUCUAUCAUUCCAUUGCUAAAGCCAACUUGAAUAUUCCUGGACUUACAAAAUCACCCAGGGGGUGACUGGAAGGUGUGGAUAUCAGGGUAUAAAUUAGAUCCAUGAGUUGGGGGGGGAGGGAAGACCAGAAUUCCCUUGAAUUGUGUUCGAAGCAGUAUAAGCAUAAAGAUCACCUUGUAUUCUCUUUGCCUUCUAAAAAGCCAUUAUUAUGAUAUUUAGAAGAAGAGGAAGAAAUUCAGGUACAGAAAAUGUGUUUUUAAUAACCUUAAACGAUGGUGCUUGGUGAGUCUUGGUUCUAAAGGUACCAAAUGAGGAAGCCAAAGUUCUCAAACUGCUGCAUACUUUGACAAGGAAAAUCUAUUUUUGUCUUCCGAUCUACAUUUAUGACCUAAGUCAGGUAAAUAUGCCUGGUUUACUUCUUUAACAUUUUUAUGCAGACAGUCUGUUAUGCACUGUGGUUUCAGAUGUGCAAUAAUUUGUACAAUGGUUUAUUCCCAAGUAUGCCUUAAGCAGAACAAAUGUUUUUUUUCUAUAUAGUUCCUUGCCUUAAUAAAUAUGUAAUAUAAAUUUAAGCAAACUUCUAUUUUGUAUAUUUGUAAACUACAAAGUAAAAAAUGAACAUUUUGUGGAGUUUGUAUUUUGCAUACUCAAGGUGAGAAUUAAGUUUUAAAUAAACCUAUAAUAUUUUAUCUGAA